UCAUUUCCCGGAAGGCUCGAAUGUGAAAAUAGUAGAGUGUUUAUUUCUUCUGAAUUUUCAUUUAGAAUGGAGUUUGCCGAGGUGUGAGCUCGACUUGUUUUCAUUUAUUGGACUAAGUGUGCGUCUGCUUAAGAGGAAAUAUUGUUUUUGUGUGUGUGUGUGUGUGUGUGUGUGCGGUCGGCCACUUAAAGGACGUUUCCAUGGCCAGCGUUUCCCCUUCACCUUUGAUCAAGCAAGAAACCAGAGCAAGCAGUCCCACAUCUGCAAUGCAAAGCAGUCAAAUCAAUGUUCCUCCCAGCAUGCAUCGCUCCCCACCUAACCGGGCUCCUGUGGUCAGUCCUUCCGCCCAGGAGGACCUGUGGCAUCUACCUGGACGGCUGAGAAUAAACCCUUCCCUGUGGGACAAGGAGGACGUGGCCCACUGGCUCUACUGGGCUCAGAAGGAGUACUCGCUGCGCCGGCCGGAGAAAGGACACUUUGAGAUGAACGGCAGAGCCUUGUGCCUGCUCACCAAGGAGGACUUUAGACGUCGCUGUCCCAGCUCAGGUGAUGUUCUCUACGAGAUCCUUCAGUGUGUGAAACAACAAAGGAGGAGCAUCGUCUCCGAUCCCCCGUCUCCGUCUGGGCACAUUCAGGGACAAGACAGCAGCCAGACACUCACUCACACUGGGAAAGAGCCACAGUGUCCCACAGCUGACGACACCCCAGCUUCCCCCAUUCUCACCACUGCAGCUGUCGUAGCCACAGUGAGCAGCCAGCCGGAGCUCUUGUCACCUUUCAGAAUUCACCCCGUCUUUUUCACUCGUUGUGCUCCACUCACACACAAUAACGGAUCAGCGGCCGGCUCCACGUUGCCUCAAAGCCAAAUUCGGUGUCCUCCUCAAACAGAGAACGUCGUCCAGGAGCCUCUUAACCUUUCCAGUCGAGAGAAACCAAGGAGCCCACUGCACAAAGCCAACGGCCGCAUCCCAGAGUGCCGACUCCUGUGGGACUAUGUGUAUCAGCUGCUGUGUGAUGACCGUUACCAAGAAUACAUCCGAUGGGAAGAGCCGGAGCGGCUGGUGUUCAGGGUGGUGGACCCAAACGGACUGGCACGUCUCUGGGGGAACCACAAGAAUCGAGACAACAUGACCUACGAGAAAAUGUCCCGUGCUUUGCGCCACUACUACAAGCUCAACAUCAUCAAAAAAGAGAGAGGACAAAAGCUCCUCUUCAGGUUUCUGAAACUCCCACAGGACAUCAAGAAACAGCAGGUUGACACCAGUGCGUCCCCCGAGCACACGCCACCUCAGGAUGGAGACUUUGCAGACAGCAGUCCUAUACAUGACUUCAGUGAGGACCGAUUUGAGGUUUCACCUGAUCGGGCAUCUCCGCAGCCUCUCCUAGCUGGGGAUCCAGUCAGAUAGGAAAUCAAUUAUGGAUAAAAUUCCCUAAUUACAACACAAAUUAUAAUAAAUAGGAGCUUGUGGUGUAUUUAUGCUGUGGUUUCAGCUUCCAAAAAAUAGCCUCUGCAUGUACAGGUUGAACAAAAUGCACUCUUAGACGUAGGAUUGGAAACAUUUAUAACUGUGAGAUCGCUUUUUGUUUCGCUGUGAAUCAAUACGUGUACAUAUGACUGUGAUCUGGAUAAACACUAACGAUAAGGGACAAGGAAAACUGUGAAAGACAUCACAUACAUAUCUAUCCAGCUGAAUGAUUAUCAGCAGAACUUAUUUUUUUCAGGCUUGCUUUUCAUAAUCACAGUACAGUUAACAUGCUUAUUUUCAUAAACUAUACAAGUCGUUCUGGUACGGUUAAAAAUGAGUUCAAGUUGUUCUAGUUGAAGUGCAGAUUGUUGUUUGGGAGAGUGAAGCAGGAGUGUUUGGUUUUGUUCUCAUAAAGACGUGUGUUGCAGUUUGA